UCUUGCUGGGCUUGUGGCAAGAAUUUUCGGCCGAGUGGUUCAUUGGGUAAGGUGGGCACGAUGCGGCCAGUCCCAGCUCACGGCGGCUUCUCGGUGUGACGAGAUGUGUGUUGCGGCGCCGACAGGCUUAGGUGAAGGUGAGGGGAUGAAUUAUGAGGGUUGGUGUGAGUAGAAGGAGCUAGGAGCAUGAGGGCGUGGGUGCGGGGUUGGCAUGGGCGUAAUACUUGUUGCAAACAUUCGGCCAGGGAUGAGGGAGUGGGUUGUGUGGGUUGGUGUUGGUGGCAUGAGGGCGUGGGUGCGGGGUUGGCAUGGGCGCAAUACUGGUAGCAAACAUUCGGCCAGGGAUGAGGGAGUGGGUUGUGUGGGUUGGUGUGGGUGGCAGGAGGAGCAUGAGGGCGUGGGCGUGGGAUGGGCUCACUACUUCCAGCAACAUUUCGUCACCUGCAUUACGUCCCAUCGCCCCAGCGUUACACUCUCAGCCUUUUCUUUGAGCGUCCGCGCCAGUGGUCGGUGUAGCCAAGGCGGAACACGACGAGGAGAAGCCAUCCCAGAAGAGGACAACGUUGAUGACCUGCACGUUCCUGCUAAAGAUUGUUCAUUUACAUUAAAAUGACUCAGCAAAAACAAGUGAAGAAGUCUUGGUGCUGCGGGUGCUUCGGCUGGCUCUUCGCCAGGCGGAAGCGCCGCAGCCCCUCCGAGGAACCUGACGACAUCGUCGAGGAAACCGAAAACGCGGGUGCCCAGGCCGAUGCAGGGCAACAGGCCCUGGUCUGCCUGAAGAAGGCUGCUCAGCCUCUCGCAGUGGUGGAGGAGAUAACCUCCGACACCUUGCUGGAUGCUGAUGGGGUGGUGGGGAAGGGCGAAAAGGAGGCCACUGGCAGGGGGCGUCAGACUCUCAUCAUCACAAUCCACUUGGUGAAGAGAGAGAAGGUCCAGAAGCCAGUGGAUGAUACAACAGUCGCACAAAAAGACUGCACGCAAUUGGAGAGCCAUGGCAAGAGGGUUCAAACUCUCGUAAUUACUCUGCACAUGGUCAAGAGAGAGAAAAUAAAGGAGGUAUACGAUGAGCUCCCCUCCGGGCACCAAGGCACGGCUGGGGACGCUCCUUCCAGCAGGAGCAAGGCCGUUACCAGCCCACCGGAAAAGAUGCCCCUUAUCAGCAGCUUCAAACGGCGGAAUGCAUCUCAAACCCCGGUCAAGAAAAUGAUCAGGUUCAACUUCCAAAACCUGAACACUUUCGUCAAAAUUCGUGAGCUGUACUGUGCCUACGACUACUGCAAGUAUGGCUUCCCUCUCUCCAGCAUUCGUCCUGAGCUGAAAAGCCUAAAGGAGAGAGCAGUGGAGCCACAGGAAGAGCCACCAAAGGAAGCAGUAAACAAACUUCCAGAGGCUCAGAAAACAGUAACAGAGGAAGCAACAGAUUCAGCCAACAAAAUCAAUGAGCCACAACAUCUCACAGGGAUCCUCAAGAAAGGAAAGACGGCCAGCACCGCUCAUAAAUGUGUGCGCUUUAACUUCCAGAACCUGAACACUUUCGUCAAGGAUCGUGAGCUGUACUGUGGCUACGACUACUUCAAGUAUGGCUUCCGUCUCUCCACCAUUCGUCCUGAGCUGGAAAGGCGAAAGGAAAGAACAGUGAAGCCACAGAAAGGGUCAGCAAAGGACGCGGUAAAGAAACACAACACACGACACCAGCAAACAGUUGGAGCAGCUCGCUGUGCACAAAUGAAUACCACUACUGAAGGGAAGUCUCCUAAAGGUAUCCUGAAGAAAGAAAAGAUGCCACGGUCCACCUGUCCAAGACAUGUGCCCUUCAACCUUGGUAACCUCCGCGCCCCCGUUAAGGAACGUGAGGUGUACCGUGGCCACGACACCUUCAGAUACGCCGCGCCGCUCCAAGUCACUCAGCCUCCCAACUUUACCUCGAGGCCUCACCAGCAGCCCGUUAGAUCCGCCUCUAACUCGCUGCGUGGCGCACCUCGGCACUUCGAGAGGCCGGCACAGCGGAGCAACGACUCCUUCCAGCAAAACAGUGGCUGGUAUGCUGCACACAACUACACCAACAGCCGCCACUCACAGCACCGCCAGCACAACGCCAGCAGCCACGUCCCUCCCAGAUACGAAACAAGGCAUUUCUACGAGGGACAGACACAUCGGGGCACCAACUCCUGCAGCAGAGGUCGUGCCAAGAGAGGUGCAAAGCCGAGUGGUGGCAAGUUUCUGUGAGCACCGGGCGAGUACACAGCGUCGUGAUCAAACUCAAAUGUUCAGCGACGUACAGGUGACGUACAUUCCGGGUGCAUUUCUCAACACCCGCUGAACAGUAACUGUCGCUGACUGGUGAUAACAGAGACUGAGGAGUGCCAAGAAGCACCACAAUCACACUGAGAGGAACGGCUCGCCAGCUGACUAAAAUCACCAUGCAGAGGAACGCAUCCCAUGGAACGGUGCCACUUCUACGGAACAAAUUGUUCAAGAGUGUCGCAUCUGUGGGGAGUGUUUGGACGCA